CACUUUCACCAAGUCGGCCCAUCAAGCAAGGAAACGUCAGCUUCAGACACCAAGACGCUUGAAGCUCUAAAUCGACCUAUUGAUACAUCAAACAAGCGGCCUGACGACAUAGUCAACCAACAGCAACCGCCCCAAUGGCUGGCGGCGUACAGGGCUUCGUGAACAAAAAACACCAGCAAUAUGGCGGCACCGAGAACGAGACGCCUCUGUCACAGGCAGAAAUUCAACAGCGCAAGACUGCUGUCCGUGACCUGGGAUUGAAAGCCCCGGGACCAGCAGCUGGUCGGAGGAGCCUGUCGACUUCUGGACCCGGCGUGCCAUUUCGAGAUGGGGUCACUGGGCCAGCCAGAGCUGCCUCCCCACUUGCCAUGCAACAGGCUGGUGCCCAGAAUGGUUUUGCUACUCAAGGCAGAACUCAAGGCAAUGGACAGGGCCAAGCAUAUACCCAAAGAGAAUCUAUGUGGGCUGAAUCGAGUCUCGGAUCUGAUUCGUUGUUCACUGUUAAAGACAAGUCAUUCGGUCACUUCUACAGCGAUGACGAGUUGCAAGGUCAACACGUUGAGGGACAGGAUCAAGAUGUUGGAUUAUCUGACCAACGAUCUGACAGUGAUCCGGAAGAGGGGGAAGCUGAUCAGAACAUGGCCGGAUACCACAAUGCCAAUCCCAGACAGCCGGGGAUAAGCCAAGCCAGCAUCCCAAUGAGAGGGGUCAUUACACGCCGCUUCGAACCUAAGAUGCAGCAACAGCAGCGACCUGUUACGGAAACCGCCCCUUCCAACGGCAAACGGGCAUCGAAUGGCUCUGUAAAGAACUACAACCAGAAAACCAUGCCAGGGCGUGGGCACCAAGUACAGAAAGAUGGAGACCAUCAGCAGGAGGUAGAUGCGUUUGCUCCCUCUGAAGUCGACGAAGAUACCAUACACUCAAUUGGUGGUAAUGGUGGAAAGCAUCCCCGGAAGGGUUCCAAACGGCAAGCAGAAGAUAUUUCCAACAUUGACUUUGACCACAAGACGCUCUACGAGAUGUCAUACGCAGACCUCGAAAAGCAGCCAUUCGACGAGGAUCCAAACCAAGCCGAAAACUCCUCACUGACAGGUCUCUCCAAACCCCUCGACGACCGCAUGAAGAUGUUCCAAAAUGCGCCAGCGGAAAAUCAAGCGGCGUUUCUCGCCACGCUGUCCAUCGAUGAGUGGGAGGACGCGGGCGAGUGGCUCAUGAAGCAGUUCGGCACUGUAAUGGGAAAGGUUGCGGAUGCUCGACGUGAGAGACGGAAGAUUGCGGCUGAAUUUGAGGAGAGGCUUGCUGCGAGGGAUGCAGAGGUCAGGAAUAAGAUUGAUGGUGUGGAAGAUGCGUUGAAUUUCUUGAAAGAUGGAGGAAAUGACUUGUUGAGGGGGAAGACGCCGAUUUAGUGGCUUGUGGGAUGAUACUUUUUGUUAUUUACAAUUUGCUGGAAGGGCUUGAGGAUGACAUGGCAUGUAUUUAACUGGAAGAGCCUGAAGAUGACAUGGCAUAAAUUUAGCUGGAGCAAGCACAGAACGGUGGCGAAAAGGAGGGAGGGGCUAUUGCUGCAUCAUAUACCCAUUUGCUUUAUCUACAGCUUUCAAUCAAAUCAGAAAUCAUAUCUGC